CGCGUGAUCGCCGGCGCAGCCGAGCCCUGCGCGCCUGUGCCUGCGCCGCCCGCCCCAGGCCCCGGCCUCGGCCGAGCGAUGUUGCUGCUGGCGGCCGCCUUCCUCGUGGCGUUCGUGCUGCUGCUCUACAUGGUGUCUCCGCUCAUCAGCCCCAAGCCCCUCGCCCUGCCCGGGGCGCAUGUGGUGGUUACAGGAGGCUCCAGUGGCAUCGGAAAGUGCAUUGCUAUCGAGUGCUAUAAACAAGGAGCUUUUAUAACUCUGGUUGCACGAAAUGAGGACAAACUGUUGCAGGCAAAGAAAGAAAUCGAAAAACACUCUAUUAAUGAUAAACAGGUGGUGCUUUGUAUAUCAGUUGAUGUAUCUCAAGACUAUAGCCAAGUAGAGAAUGUCAUAAAACAAGCACAGGAGAAACUGGGCCCAGUGGACAUGCUUGUAAACUGUGCAGGAAUGUCACUUGCAGGAAAAUUUGAAGAUCUUGAAGUUAGUACUUUUGAAAGAUUAAUGAGCGUCAACUACCUGGGCAGCGUGUACCCCAGCCGAGCGGUGAUCACCACCAUGAAGGAGCGCCGCGUUGGCAGGAUUGUCUUCGUGUCCUCCCAGGCGGGGCAGUUGGGCUUAUUUGGUUUCACAGCCUACUCUUCGUCCAAGUUUGCCAUCAGGGGACUGGCGGAGGCUUUGCAGAUGGAGGUGAAGCCGUAUAAUGUUUAUGUCACAGUUGCCUACCCACCGGACACAGACACCCCCGGGUUUGCAGAAGAAAACAAAACCAAGUGUUCAUCACCUCUGGACAUUAACAUUAAUACAGAGACUGUCAGUCAUCCUGAGCUGAAUGCCGGCUCUGCACUUUGUUCAGAUGAACCUGCCUUGACACGUGGUAGGCACUCUCUGAGCAAACAAAGUGGGGGAGAAAGGAAUCAAUCGGAACUUAUCCCCUUGAACUUGCCUUUGGAGACUCGUCUUAUUUCAGAGACCACGUCUGUUUGCAAACCGGAACAAGUGGCCAAACAAAUUGUUAAAGAUGCCAUACAAGGAAAUUUCAACAGUUCCAUCGGCUCAGAUGGGUACAUGCUCUCGUCCCUGACCUGUGGAAUGGCUCCGGUAACUUCCAUCACUGAAGGGCUCCAGCAGGUAGUUACCAUGGGCCUCUUCCGUACCAUCGCUUUGUUUUACCUUGGAAGCUUCGACAGUAUCGUUCGUCGUUGCAUGAUGCAGAGAGCGAAACCUGAAAUGGCAGACAAAACUGCCUAAUUCUCAUCCCUUGGAAAAAGACUUUCGAAAUAAUUUGACCAGCUUGCUGCUAAACGGGACGCAGUUUUUGGCCUGCAGACAUUCACGUCUUACUUUCGAAUCUGUGAGAUUGGACCCGUGCUCUUCAGAAAGCUGGCUGCAAGCAGGGGGAUAUACGUUCAACUCCAGAGAAUAUUAUUAAUACUAUGCAAAUUGGGGGCAGGAGACCACUUGAUUCUCCGAGGCGGAGAAGCGAUGGUAAGGGAAUUUAUAGCGUGUGAGCAGGGUAAAGGACAGGAUUCCAGAGUGAUCACUGAAAAUUUUUUUCUAUUUUUUCUUUUUUUUUCCCUGGUAGAGAUCAGGUCCAGAAAUGUACUUUCCAAGCACUUUUUUAACCUUUCAUGAGAGGCAGUUUAUGGGUUUCUGGGGCCUUUUUUUUUUUUCUUUUUUUCUUUUUUCUUUUUAACUUGGUGUAUUUUAUUCCAGAUGCAUUUUAUACAUUGCCACUGUGUCUGAGUGCACAGUAAUGUCCCUCACUUACUCUGUUGCUGGUGGACUCUCGUGGCUUCUCUCUCUUUGAUCCCAUAAAACUACAAGGGGGAUGGGAGAGGGCAAUGCAGUGGAACAAAGGAGGUAAAUAUUUUCUAGUCGGAAAAAAUAAUGCUUUCUUGUCUUCUUUAGACUCAGACGCUUAGGGCACUGUUCAUUCUUCGUUCACCGGGAAAGGCAGGCUCCUAAAGUGUUUUCUGAAGAGAAGUCAAAUCUUAGAAGCUUAAAAGUUUACAAUUUCUUCAAUAGCCGUGAUGACCUGAAGCUCACCCAUUCCAUUGUAGUGUCUUAUUCUUCCCGUGUCUUCCUUUCCAAUUUUGCUUAUACUGCUAUAAUAUUUUUGUAAAAAAAAAAGAGAAGACCAGUUUUUUUUGACUUGACUUUUUAAAUUAAUUAAUGAAUUUGUUAAAGCAAAUGAAAAAAUUAGAAAGCGUGACCUUUGCCUCCUCGUAGCAUAUAUGUAGCUUUUAAGAAAGGCAGAUGAUAGCAUGUUUCAGUUUUAUUUAUUAAGAAAAAAAUGUAGGACGACAAGGCUGAUGUUGAAGAUACUCGUUUUUGAAAUAAAAUGAUCACCCUGUUCUUUCUAUGACUCUCCCACUGACCCUGAGAACAUCCUCUUUGUACCACAUGUUAAGAAAGCCCAGCCAUCACUCUCACCGUAGAGACCUGGAAAUCCUGUUGGUCCCCUGAGUGUUGUUUCAAGAUGCCAGGCUCCGUUGUCCAUUGGUUGGAUUUCCACAGCAAGUGCCUCUGAUGAGUUUUAGCCGCCGCUACCUGCUUUGCUCUGUCAUUGUAUGUGUUUCCUCCGACUUGAGGGCAGUCACCUCCAUUGUAACGCUGUUUCCCCUCCCCUUUGCAUACACAGUAAGUUUAUACAUUACCACCUUCCAGUUCCUUUUGGUGAGAAAAGACCACUGCAUUUGAAGAAGAAACUUUUUUUUAUUGUUUAAAAAAAAAAACAACACAAAAGAUCGUUUUGGUAACAGUACAAAACAAUCCAAUUCUACAAAAGAUUAAAGACCUAAAAAUUAUUGCAAAUCUUUUUUGCUUUUGAGUUUUUGAACUCUGGACUUUAAAAUGACUUCAUUUUUACAAAGUAAGAUGUCUAAUGGCUUUAAUCCAUGGUGUCUUUUUAAAAGACAUGAGAAUGGCACAUUUUCAGACACUGACAAAGACAGAAGAAAUUAUGAUUUAAUAUAUAAGUUGCUUGGGAUGACUUCAUUGCAGUUUAUGGGGGUGGUUUGAACCCAUAAUGGUUUCAUGAAUCUUUCAGCCUUGGAGAGCCAUCGUCUGCAAAGUUGAGUCAUACCGGGCAGCCUCUAAACGGGAGUAAAGGCUGCGUUUUCCUAAUUCAUGGAUACAAAUAAAUAGCUGGGUGCUUCUCAAUUUUAUUCUUUUCUCAUAAAUGUUUCUUGAAUGUUGGUACCUUCUACUGAAGGUCUAUAUUAAAAUCUAGUCCCAGGUGAUGCCUCAUUUAAUAAAAUUAACUAUUUUGCAAUAGUUAUUUCAAUAUACAUUUCUCAGGCUAUCCUCAGAGAGAGCACUGUGGCUCCAGGUCAUCUCCUGCCUGAGCAAAUUUACAGCCCCUCCUGUUCCACGGCGGGGAGAUAUCCCCAACCCGAAUGAAGCUCAGGCAUGAGAGCAGAUCUGUGGAGGUUAUAGUAUCAGGGAAUGGGCUGCUUUGUCAGAGAUGGCAAAGGUCUACAUUCUUGUAACCAAAAAGCUUUGAAAACUGAGGUGUUCCUUUUUUUCUUCCUAAAUUCGGUGCCAUAAUUCAUUGAUAGCAAAACCUGACUUGAACUGACUUGAGAUUAUUAUAGUUUUUAUUUAUAUGCCACUCCAUGGGCUGUUCAUUAAUUUUGUCCGAAGAAAUACCAAUGGGUUUGACUUACAGGGAUUGCCCCAGACUCUGUGGAGAUGUUUUGUAAUAUCCAGUAUAUGCUCCAUAUUACCUUUUAAAUGCAAAAAAAAAAUGAUGAGUUCUGAAACACAUCUGGCCUGAAGGGUUUUGGAUGAGGGAUUGUAGACACUUAAGCAGCAUCACAUAACGAUCUGGCUUCAUCCAAAACAUGAAAAUAUUAGAAUGCAAAUUCUAUUUUUUAUCUUUUUUGGCUCAAUUCUUGUACAACCUUUUUUUAUAUCGACUUGCUUUUUUGCUCAGGGGAAGAAGAGAAAGCCUGAGUCAGAUUGUUAGGGAAACUAUUGGCUUUUUUUUUUUUUUUUAAGGAUUGCAUUGAUUCACCACUUUCUAUUGUACCCAGAAGUGGGUAUGUCUUACUUGUGGCAGAAGAAGUUCAAUCAUAAUUCUGUUGACAUGUGGGUUCUUUCUGUGUGAGACAUAGGUUAUUAUGUGAGUUUCAGUUCCAAGUGUCUGCCUCUGCUAGGUUGGGGUGUACUGUUUUAUUUUAAUGUAUUUGUGAGUAUAUUUAUUUUAAAAUGCUUAACGUUAUUCAGCCUUAGAAAUUCCAAAAUAUGUUCAAGGACCCUCUAUCAUUGAAAAAGGUGUAAAAACAAUUCUUCUUUAUUUUGACAAAAACAAAGUCAAGAGAGUUGUUCUUUAUAUUUUAAAAUAUAAUUUUCACACCUGAAAGGAGAAGAAAUUAAAAAUGCUGUUACUGAUGGCCCCUUUAUACGAACACAUAUAUGUUUAAUUAUGUCUCUGUUUGGAUCGGUUAAGCCAUAUAUUGUUGAUUCUUAGAAGUAAAAAUUUGAGAGACCAUUUCUAAUAUUUAGAUGACAAGAGCAUUUUGAUCAUAGUUGCUUAGAUGCAAAGAAUUGUAUGUCUCUGUCUUUCUAGAAGCAGUCAAUACCAUAAUAAUUUUUUUUCUUACGGAACUGUAUCAUCAACAGAUUUAAUUUUAUGACAUCAUAUUCCAGUUUAAACGUGUCUUAACUCACUUGAGGACACUUAAAAGAUUCACGCUUUUUGACAUAAAAUGUUUUGAAUCUUUCUCAUUUCCUUA